AUGAAUUCUUCAACUUUCUUCUUAAUCUGCCUUCAGGGUUUGCUGAUUCAGAAUGUAUACAGUCAGACAUUAACUAACCUUGGCAAUUAUUUGGGCAACAAUGGUCUUGAAUUCAUUACUGGCGGUAUUGGCGUAAACGGUCUUGGAGUCAAUAGCCUUGGCAUCAACAACAUCGGUCUCGGCGGACUUGGCAUCAAUAAUGGUUUAGCUGUAUCCGAAGCAAACAACAUUGGCUUAAAUGGUCUCGGUAUUGGUAACAUUGGCCUCAGUCUUGGUAACGCCGGUUUGGCUGUAAGUGGAUUGAACAACGCUGGCUUAGGAGGUGCCGGUCUCGGAUAUGGCGCUGGUAUAGGCGUACAAAACGUGGCUGCUACGUCCCAGGUGCCCGUCACCGGCCCGUUCACCGCGAGUGGCAACGCUGAGCUCGUGGUUGGAGGUGACUUUGGCGUCGGCGGUCAAGCUGUAGUCGGUGGGCAGAUCCCAGUACUCGGUGCUGUUGGCUUUUCUGGUGCGAUACCAGCCAGUGGUGUCGUAUCUAUCGCAGGCAAUUGCGGCUGCUCCAGUGUUCCUUUAUAA